UCAAUAAUAACACCAGACUAUAGAUUUAAAUGUCUGUUUAUAGAAUAAUGUUAGAAAUAAAACCAACCUUGCAUUGCAUUGCAUUUUGAGGGAAUUGCUGGGUCUCAGCAGCAGUGUUAUAUUCCUGGUAGUAGGCUACGGCAGCGGCGGACUGAUACCUAGGUUACCGGCUCUAGUUUAUUUACCUGCCGCUGUCAAUGCUACAAACGCCGAGUACAGUGAACGAAGGAAUUAGCGUAUUCAAUUAAAAAGAUAUGGCCACGUUUGGAGGGCUUUUGACGACGAUAAUGAGGAAUUUGUUGUAUCCAACGAACCGUACAUGUACGAGCCGGAAUACACGGAUGAAGAACUGAGAGAGAUGGAUGCUCAAAGGGCAGAACGAGAAAGAGCGUCUUUAGAGACCGUCCCCGCUGGAGCUGCAGUAGAGAACCGGGACAGAACAACGGGAGACUGGUGGUGCCAGUGCAGAAAAUGUAUUCAAAUGCCGACAGGGGACGAAUGCUUUUGCUGCAGGGAGUGGGACUUAGUCAUCCCACAGAUGCAAGAGCUGGAGCUGGACACUAGCAUUCAGGAUCUCGAUGUGUCUGGGCAUAGCGCCCCCCGAGACAGGGCAAUCUGCAUUACGGAGCACCAGGACUUUCUACCCCUUCUAAAUCGAGGAGUGCUGGAAACAUUCUUCUCCUUUGAUAAAAUAAAUUGGAAAAGAAGACCCAGACCUGCUGGACCCAACGGCCAGUUGUCAAUGUUGCAGUACCGAUUGGUGGCUUACAGAAUCGUUCUUGAGUGGGGGUUGAAAGGAACACAGCUGGGAAGAGGAAACCGACGUGUUCUUCCAUCCUGUGUAGUGACCAGCAUCCGAAACAAAUACCCUUCGGCCGCUGGACAAUAUGUUGGAUUCAGGGAAGCACAAGAUGCUCCGAGAUUGUUUUGAACACAACACUACUGUAGUCUACUAGAAAACAUUUGCUACUUCAACAAAUCCUUUAUAUCAAACACAAAAAGAAGACAUACAUUUGGUUACAGAUGACAUUACGAUUGUUUACGGUAACAUUUUAACAACAAUGUACACGUAUAUGGUUCAAUAAAUGUUUUGCUGUUGACCUUUUUGUCUUUUUACUAAUGUUUGCAGACAGUAUUUAGCACCACA